AUGGCAAGUGGGGAUAGCAACUUGGAUAAAGGGCAGCAUGUCAAUCCUGACCUAAGUCGGCUGGAAGCAGGACUCAACGACAGCUACAAUACUUCUAACUCAUGGGCAAACAGCAAUCACAGUUUGAGCAGCACGAAUGCGGGAGAUCUUGGAGGCGAAGGUGGCAGCCAUCCAACCUCAGGACCUCCCUCAGAUAACAAUGCCGCGGACGAAGCGUAUCAAGAGCAGCGACCAAAGCUUGCUUGGUCGAAGGUCAUUAAUUGGGUAAAGCGGAAGGACAAAGUUCGACCUUUUCGGUUGUCCAACCUCAGGCCUUCGACAUCUUUCUACAACAAAUUCGAGGAGGGUUCUGUGCCCAGUCAGGAGAAGCCGUCUGGUGCCGAUCAUGUGCCUGAACACCCACACGAAGGCAGUGAGGAUGCAGAAGCUCCAUCGCAAGUCUAUACCCAGGCUGCGACGGAAACAGUACAUACCUUCUUGCGUCAGGAUUCAACGUAUCAGGGGGCGACAAACCUCGAUCAUGAAGAACGACAGGUUGACCAACACGUAUAUGACGUGGAUUACGUACCUACACCUGAGCAAUACAAACCUGGUCUCUUUGGGGCCCUCCUUGCUUAUAAACUCAACCACAUGCAGCAAGGCUGGCCUAACAACCAAAAGCAACCACACAGCCGUGCAGGAGGACAGACGCAGCAUGAUCCAAAAGGUCACCAUCACUCUCAGUCACUCACAACGUCACUUCCCAGUUCUGGCACAGCGACACCCUCCAAAAAGGUCAAAUGGUACGAGAAGCCUGAACAGAGCAACCCAACUGCCACGGCCUUGAUGCAAGCAGCUCUCACAUCCACAGGGCCGAGCGUGGCAGGAAUGGGCGCCCUCCCACGCCCUCGGACGAUGCGCCCUAAAUCCGCCGAUAUGAUCUCCACGGCCGUCGACAUCAUCACACACGGAAAACACCAUCAUAACCGGCGUAGCGGCGCGUACAGCACAAGCACGCUUGACAAUCACGUGGGCCUCAUCACUGAGGUCGCCGAUAUCAUCGCCCGGAGAGACUAUUUAAUCAAGCUGUGCGGCGCCUUUAUGGAAUACGGCGCCCCCACUCAUCGCAUGGAAGAAUACCUAAGUGCCUCUGCUCGAGCAUUGCUCAUCGACGCCGACUUUCUGCACAUCCCAGGUGCCAUGUUCUGCACUUUUGCCGACCGAACCAUCCACGCCAACAAUGUCGACAUUGUCCGAAAACGCUCCGGGCUUGAUUUCGCACGCCUGAGGGACGUGUUCAAUGUGUACAAAUGUGUCAUUCAUGACAAACUCACCGCUGAGGAGGGCAUCCGAGAGAUCGACAAUAUUCGCAGACGACCCGAUACCUACUCGGAGCUAUUUCGCAUCUUGAUGUUCGGUGUGGCGUCAGUUGUGGUCGGGCCCUUUUCCUUCCAGAGUCGCCCUAUUGAUUUUGGACCUAUUUUCCUUCUCGGUUGCGCAAUUGGGUUCAUGCAGGUCAAGAUCGUCCCGCGGUCCGAACACUUCAGCAAUGUGUUCGAGGUCUUUGCGUGCGUGUUUGCAGCGUUCAUUGCCCGGGCGCUGGGGUCGAUCCAAUACUCUAAUGGGCAGUACAUCUUCUGCUUCUCGGGCAUAGCGCAGAGUAGCAUCGCCAUGAUCCUCCCAGGAUUCAUGAUGCUGAAUUCCGCCCUCGAACUACAGAGUCGAAAUCUGAUUUCUGGUUCGGUACGUAUGGUUUACGUGAUUGUUUAUGUUCUCUUUCUCGCAUUCGGCCUCCUCAUUGGCACCACCGUCUUCGGGCUGAUCAAGCGUGACGCCGUCUCCUCCACUACCUGCGACAUCCCGUCCUGGUUCGCCGCAGAUAUGAAUUGGAAGUUGAUACAUACGCGCUUUAUCUGGGCUCCACUGUUCGCUUGUUGCGUGGGACUCAUCUACCAAGCCUUGUGGCGGCAGUUGCCUGUCAUGGCUCUCAUUGCCGUCUGUGGCCAUCAAGCCAACUUCUGGAUCUCCACCCAGCUUUCCAGCAACCCGCAAGUCGCAAACGCCAUCGGCGCCUUCGCCAUCGGCUGCAUCUCCAACUUGUACUCGCGGCUUUUCCACGGUCAAGCAGCAACCGCCAUGCUGCCAGCCAUCUACUGUCAAGUUCCCGGUGGUCUCGCCUCCUCGGGAUCACUGGUCGCGGGCGUCGUCUCUGCCAAUGAGAUUUCUGGCAACAGCACCGCGAGUGCUCAGAAUUCGAGUAAUGGUUCCGACGGGACAAUUUUCACCGUUGGGUACAGCAUGGUUCAGGUUGCCAUUGGUAUCAGCGUGGGGUUGUACCUGAGCGCGUUGGUCGUGUAUCCCUACGGCAAGAGAAAAAGUGCAUUGGGGAGUUUUUGA